CGUAGCCGUGGAAAAUUGUUUUCUUUUUGCCCAAAGUGUUUUUAGUUAAUUUUUCAGUUCAUAGUAGCUUAAUUUAUAUUAAAUUUCGCGUAAGAUACCGCCAGUAAUGUCCCGCCAUGCCCGCAAAUUUUUUGAACAUGUAAAAAGCAAAGAAUUUCGCCAGUAUUUAAUGAGCACUCAUUUCUGGGGACCUGUAGCUAACUGGGGUAUACCCAUAGCUGCAAUGGCAGAUAUGAAAAAAGAUCCAGAUAUUAUAAGUCCUCGUAUGACUGCAGCAUUGUGUGUUUAUUCUGCUUUGUUUAUGAGAUUUGCGUGGAUGGUACAACCAAGAAAUCAUCUUUUGUUUGCUUGUCAUAUCACCAAUGAGACUUGCCAGUUAAUUCAACUGGGCCGAUAUUUUACUCUAUCUGGGGUUACAAAAAAAGAUGCAGCAUGAUAUCCAUUAUUCCAUGACGUUCUUUGUGAACUAUAUUUUCUCGUCACACCAUAAUUUAAUGCCGUUACAUUUUCUUUCUAUAUUUAGGGUGAAAAAUAGUUAUUUAAAAUGGUCGACAUUUUGCUUAAUACAAGAUUGUUUAAAAAUGUUUAAAAUUUUGUGUAUUUGCAAAAGAUCUUCUAGAGAAUUGUUAUGGUCUUAUUUAUUUUUCAUUGGUACCUAAAUACACUUGCAAGUUGCAAUGAA